CCCAAACUAAUAACUUUUCGCUACAAACUUGCGACUACCCCUCCACCGGAACCGACCAGAAGCCGUACCAGAAAUCAUGAAAGGGGGCGGCAGCUCGUCAUCUCCAUCGCCGGUGGUCGGAGCCAGCAACAAGCUGUACAGCAACACCAAGCCUCCUUUCAGGCCUGCCCAAGACGACACCAAGCCUCCUCUGCAAGACCCAAUUCUCCGAUCUGACCCCAUCGAGACGGAGGAGCCAGUGCUGCGAUUGCCACCCACAACACUUCCCCACCUUCCAAAUCCAAAGCCCUUGACCUAAAACUCCACAGUCUAAUGGAUCAGUAGUAGAGAUGUAUCCCUUUUUCAACUUUCUGUUAGUUUCCCAGUUUGCGUUGGAAAUGUAGCAGUUAUUUGCUGUCGAAAGAUGGUUCCUUUAUCCUGUUAUGGAAGAAAUCACGAGAGACCCUGUAACAUUUGAACUAUCAACAAGAAACUGUACAAAUUUGGUGCUGCAAUCACCUUCCAUUCUCCUGUU